AGAUCCCGGAUCAGAUCCCGGGCUAUGGGGCCCUGAUCUGCCUUGAUCCCACAACCAGCCUUCACCAGCACCAUGCCAAAGGACAAACAAUAAGAAGAGUUGCAUUUUUAGGGCAGGUAACUUUGACCACGUGCCCCAAAGGUGAGCUGGAUGGCCACUGCGCUAAGGUGCGUCCCCAGUAUGUCCAGGACCAGCGGGACCAGGACGCUCUGGACGCUGCCGGCACUUCUUCUUCUGUGGACUUCUCUCUGGGGGGUCGCUGCGGCUUAUCCGCUUCCCAGCAGGACUAAUGCGACUUUUUUGGAGAAGAAGUGGGAGACGCUGUUCUCGCGCUCCUACCUGGGGAUAAACGGGGGCAGAGCGGAGCUGAACUGGGAGAGCGACUAUCUGCAGGGCAUCAAGAGAGUGCGGCGGCUCUACUGCAACGUGGGCAUUGGGUUUCACCUGCAGGUGCUCCCGGACGGCAGGAUCAGCGGAGCGCACAGUGAGAACCAAUACAGUCUGAUAGAGAUCUCCACCGUGGACCGAGGAGUCAUCAGCAUGUUCGGGGUGAGCAGCCAGCUGUUUGUCGCAAUGAACAGCAGGGGAAGGUUAUACGGAACGAGAGUCUUUGUGGACGAGUGCAAGUUCAAGGAGACGUUGCUGCCCAACAACUACAACGCCUACGAGUCUUUUGUUUACCGGGGCUUCUACGUGGCCCUCAGCAAGCACGGCCGCGUGAAGCGAGGCAACAAGGCCACGCCCGCCAUGACCGUCACACACUUCCUCCCGCGGCUAUGAGACAAACUGGCAAUAACUCACUCAUUUGCACACGUGGAUGUUCUUCCAGGUAAAGAGAUGCAUCGUCACGAUAUGCACCGAUGGACUGCGAGAGAAACACAAAUAUUUAUUCUGUUUAUAUAUAUAUGUAUAUUUGGAUAGCUAUCUUUGUAUAUGUACUGUGCUGCUUAUUGUUUUUAUGGACGGGGAGA